GAGAGUGUUCGUUAAACUACGAAGAGAACGUGUUGUUUGAUGUUGUUUGAUGAUUUGCUUCUGACCUCGUUUUGUAUUGUAUGUAGAUUAAUUAAUUAAUUAAUUUUGAACCAAUUAACUAAAGCCGUGUAAUUUGACGAUGAGAAUUGAAUUAAAUUUAAAAGUUAAUUUGGUUAUUAAUAGGAUCUUUUUUGGGCAAAAUGAAAUAGAUUCGUUUAGAGAAUAGUAUUUUCAGAGUUUUGAAGAGAUUUUUAGCGUUGUUAUGGCUUCAUUUUUAUUCGUAUCGCUAGUUUUUAAUUUUUCUCGGAUUAUUUAGUUAAGACGUCACUAAAAGCAAUUUCGGCGCUAAGCUUGCAAUGGGGAAACGGAUUUGUUGAAACGUAUCAGUGAUAUCUUCUAGAGAUAACGCAAAAUAAUAAUAGCAUGAACUCUAGCAAUAAUAAUAAUAAUAAUAAUAUGAGGAAUAAAAACAAUAAUAACAAGUAAUAAAAAAAUAGAAAUAAUAAAUAAUAACAAUAAUAAUAACAACAAUGCACUCUACCUUCAAAUAAUAAUAAUAAUAAUAAUAACUGUGGAACGCCAAACAUGACAAUAACGACAAUUGCUAAGGAAACGUCGAAGAAGAUGAAAGCGCCGCCGACGACGACGAUGAUGAUGGCGACGAUGAUGGUGAUGAUGGCGAUGAUGAAGAGACAGAGGAUAAUGAUGACGACGAUCCUGAUUGUGAUCUCCAUAAUUUCGUCAGCGUCGACUCUUGACGUAAGGUUACCUCCGUCCAUUGUCUCCCAGAGUCUCUCACAUCAGUAUAUCUACAAACGAAUGAAUCUCAAUCUCACAUGCAUUCCUGUUGGAUAUCCAAGUCCCAGAGUUCAAUGGAUUAAAGACGACAAAACCAUACCUGAAUCUAAUUACAAUAACACCAACACAACCAACAACAACAACAACAACACGGACAACAACAAUCACCAGCCAAAACAACAUCGAAGUAGUCAUCAUUUUUCAACGCUGAACAAUUCCACCGUACUGCAGAUAAGCAGCGCGACCAGUGAUACGGCAGGCACGUACAGAUGCAUGGUGUGGAAUAAUUAUGGAAAGCUAAUUUCACCCCCUAUGGUUCUAGAAAUGGCUUAUUUUGAUAGAACUGAUGACGACCCAAAGAGUGUCGUUGAGUGUAUUUUCGGAAACCACUGCAAACUACGAUGCAUAUCCAAAAAAUCCAAUCCAGCCCCCAUUUACAAGUGGCAGUUUCUGGAUAAUUCUGAUGUCGUAUCCAAUGACAGGAUUGUUGUCAAUUAUGAUACCAUUCAUGUAUCGAAUGCAAUCCGAUCCGAUGCUGACGUCAUUUAUGUUUGUUACGUCAUGAAUGCAGUCUUCGAUCAAUACAGCCGGAAAGAGUAUCAAUUCAGGAUCGUUGAAUGUUGGUGA